UGGUGCGGUCGCGCGUGCGCAGCGAGAUCGCGUUGACGCAUAACCUGUUAGAAGGGUCGCGCUUUUGCUCCUGCACGAUCGUGACGUCCCUGACGAUCUCGCGGGAUAUGAGUCGUCGUUGCAAAAAUACGCGAUAGCCCGGAGAAUGGCUGCGCCUUAUCUAGGCGUGAGCGACAUCGUUCACCUGAACGUCGGCGGCACCAGAUUCUCCACGUCUCGUCAGACUCUAACAUGGAUCCCGGAUUCCUUCUUCACGGCACUGUUAAGUAAUAGAAUCGACAGCCACAAGGAUGAGACGGGCGCGCUCUUUAUAGACAGAGACCCGAAGCUGUUCUCCAUCAUACUGAAUUACCUACGCACCAAGGACAUUGAUCUGAAGAACGUGGACAUUCGGACUUUGAGGCACGAGGCCGAGUACUAUGGCAUCACCCCUCUGGUUAAACGUUUGAUGCUCUGCGAAGACCUGACUCAGUCGUCCUGCGGCGAUGUACUGUUUUACGGUUACUUGCCACCACCGAGCAUACCGCUUCAAGAACCAGUUGCGGUAACAUCGAAUGUCAGCGACGUGUCGGUUCAUAUUAGAGUCAACUCCAGUUCGAGCUCCAGAGUCGACGGCCCAUCCACCUCGCAAUCUGUGACAGUCAAUAACUCAACUAAUCAAAGUACCAACGGUCCCCAAAGUCACAAAGGUGCACUGGGAACGCAUAUGAGAAACUCCUCUUUGGAUUAUCGACUGCCGCAGCGCGGUCUCCCGCAUUCUCGCACGCCGUCUCUAGAUCUGAGACACGCCAGGAACAACUCGGCUGAUCUGAAUAAAUUGUAUAAAAACGAUAUCGGCCUAAUAUUUGGAUCGCAGCAAGCCACGUUGAUUGCAGUUUCGUCAUGGGUGGACCCCCUGAGAGUGCAGAUUAUAAAGGCGCAUCACAACUGGAUAGUGAUCGCAUACGCACAUUUCAUCACGUGCUACCGGCUGAAGGACUCGUCCGGGUGGCAGCACGUGUUCACCAGUCCGCAUAUCGAGUGCAUAAUAGAGCGCGUGGCGAUAAACGCGAAGAUGGGAAGUGGCGCGGACGGCAAGAUGGUUGCGAUCUCCUACGGCAGCCAAGUGAGACUCUGGGGUGUGUCCGAGGAAGGAAUCAAGAUCAACGUGGGCACGUUCAACUUAAACGUGCGCGUGGAAUACCUGUUCUUCAUCGGCAGUCAGUUGGUCGCGUUGUCGCCGACCGGGAAGAUCGGUGUGUGGCACGCGAUGACUCAUCAUUGGCAGAUACAGGACGUAGUGCCCAUCCUGUCAUUUGACACAGCUGGAUCUUUUCUUCUGUUAGGCUGCAAUAACGGUUCCAUUUAUUAUAUUGAUAUGCAAAAGUUUCCUUUGCGAAUGAAGGAUAACGACCUGCUCGUGACCGAAUUGUAUCGAGAUCCGAGUUACGAUCCCAUAACUGCGAUAUCUGUGUAUUUGACGCCGAAAACUACACAAGGUCUCUGCGGAAACUGGAUAGAAAUCGCGUAUGGCACGAAAUCCGGAAGUGUCAGAGUGAUCGUCCAACAUCCCGAAACUGUUGGCCAUGGUCCGCAGCUAUUCCAAACCUUUACAGUGCAUCAGAGUAGCGUAACCAAAGUAACACUCUCGGAAAAAUAUUUAGUGUCAGUCUGCUCGGAAUAUAAUCACGUCAGAAGUUGGGCGGUGACCCGAUUCCGCGGAAUGAUUUCUACUCAGCCGGGAUCCACGCCCGAGGCAAGCUUCAAAAUUGUUUCUUUAGAAGCAAUUGACCCAUGCGUUAGCUAUAAUGCCGGCAACGAUUUUGGACCAUUCGGCGAGCAAGAUGACGAGCAAGUGUUCGUGCAGAAAGUCGUACCCGAAACCGAUCAGUUGUUUGUGCGAUUAGCGUCGAAUGGAAAAAGAGUUUGUGUAAUACAGUCGGUGGACGGUAGCAUUAUAAGCUCAUUCUACGUGCACGAGUGUGAAGGUUCUAGUCGCAUGGGCUCGCGGCCCAGACGUUUCAUAUUCACUGGUCAUUCUAACGGCACCAUUCAAAUGUGGGAUCUCACAACGGCAUUGGACCCGUCUUUCAAUGCUACUCAAGCAACAGAUACCUCUGGUGGGCCUACGCCAGAGGAGCUUUGGAAGCUGUUGGAUCAGUGUGACCUGAGCAACAGUCAUUGCUCAACGCCUUGCAUCAGUCCUUCUCCUUCGUUACUCGCGGCUGGACCUAGGAUUAAGUCGAGCAACGUAUUAUUUCUCAAUCAGUCGCAAACUCCAGACGCAACGCCUGGGCCCAGUCAAACGUAAGGAUGCGCUUUGCCAAAUCGAGGUGAUAUCGUGCCUAGGUGUACGCAAUCAAAAUCUGCAUUUAUUUAGUUAUUUAUUUAUUAACGGACCGCUAUAAACCGCCAAGAAGUCUAUAGCGAUAGUUCCUAACUCGCCAUUUUUGCAUUUUUAUGUAUAAUAAGACCGGAGUUUGCUAUUUAUCUACUUAAACGGUGCAAUCUAAAAAUAGUAUAGCAAAGAACAUGACUGCAUUUACAAACUUUGUAGCUACUAGUAUUAAAAUUAUUUUAAAAGCAAAUUUUGGACCUUGUGCAUAAAAAUAUAUAGAUGUUUAUUAAAUUGAUUUUAUAAAAGUUUAUCACUUUUGAAAUACUCAAGAGUCUUUAUUUGUUGUUAUUAACACUGACGUAACAAAAACUUGUCGGGAAUUUACUAUCUAAGAAAUUUUAUAAAUAUCUAGGAGUUUAAUUAUUACGUUUUGUCUCGUUUAUUAUUUAUUGUUCCAAUACGGCUAUAAAAUGCUCUUAAGACAAAUCGAUUUACGAUAUUCAUAUUGUGUAUGUAGACUUUUAUACUUUGUCUCGUUAGGUAAGGGAAGGAAUAGACAAAAUUUUACAAAAUCAUAAAUUGAUAGAUAAUGUAAGUUGAGGGUUCUGUUUGCAGUGAUAUAUUCUGUAUCAAUGUUAUAAGCUAAAUCAAAUACGAUCCUAGAUCAAAGAUGAUCAUACUCAGAAUCACAUUAUUUGUCACGUCGCAUCAAUGUCUCGCAAUGCAUUGAGACAGAAUCACCAAAUACUUUUAAAGUUUUGAUAGACAUUUAUAUUGUAAAUCAGUGCAACCUACAUUUUAUACAUAUAUAUAUCAAUUUCUGUACAACGAUUUUGCUUCGACUGUAAAACAUCUUUAUUAUUUCAACAUUGUAUCUUUGUCAACAUUUGAUGCUCUGAAUAUCAUUUAAGAAGUUAAUUUUACUAUCUAUCUCUCGAUUAAAGAAUGGUAUACAUUACAUAUGCGAUAAAAGAUUACACAUAAUCUCGAAAACUGAAUUAGACUCUCAUUAUAUACAUAAAUACUUGUAGCUUUACUGCACAUAUAAUGUAUAUGCGUUCGUCGAUGUACAUAUAUAAAUGUUAUAGUAAUAUUGUUGCGCCCCACCGCGUUACUUCUGUGAUUUAAAUAAACUAUUGGUAUAUGUGUA